GUGGGAGUGAAUACUACAGUAACGACGAUAGCAGGCAGUGUCUGGGUGGAUUCGUGGAAAAGAUCAGGGAGAGAUACGGUGAAUCCCGACUGAUAAUAGGACUCAGCAGGAGGAAGCUUAAGGAUGCGAAAAGAAUUUUAGAGCAGGGAUGCUCUUUUCAGAUAGUGCUUUUGAUUGCGACAACAACAGCUGUACAGCGGAACAAGAGGUACUUGCAGGAUCUGAUCUCUCAACCUUGGCGAGUACGCCAGCUGUACAGGCUGUCUAGUCAGAAGCUUUCAUCUUUGUAUAAGACAGCCGGUCUGUUUUCGCACGCAUCGACACGGAGGACUCUUAAAAGAAAGGUGACAUGUGUACUGCGUGACAACUUUGGAGUUGACGUAUCGAAGAGAUUGUUUGUGAAAGUCCCGUUCUCAUCCCAGAUUGAUUUAGGGGCGGUUAGGGACCUAGUAGUGAAAAUUCUCUCCAAUUCGAUUAGAGAUCAUGCAGUUCGGUCUCUCGUUAUAGAAAGGAUGAGGAUGAUGCGACUGAGGAGAAGAACAGUGGGGGAUAUCAUCCAUAACUAUUGAAAAGCGUUGGAUGAAAGAAUGGAUGGGUGCACAUGUACCGAUUUACCUCUGGAUCGCCACCAAGGGCAUGUGCGUGUGAGAUUGGAAGAUAUUGGAGGAGUGCACAGUUUCUUGCACAAUGCGAGGAACGUCACCUGUGGGAAGACACUGUCGAAGGUCAAGCUGCUUGAGGUGAUCAUACAAGCAAUCCCAAAGCUUUGGAGGCUUGGUAUUAAUCAACUCACCAACUGCUAUCUGAAACAUGUUUUGCCACGAUCUGCUCAGACAUUAUCGGAAUACCAAGGGCAGAAGGAGGUACGGGACCUAAACUCUUUGAUUUUGGUACCUUUGGACCGGAACCCGAGUGCCACAUUGGUGAUCUGCCCAGUUCUCUAUUUCCACGCCUUCCGUAUGACCUUCUGCUGGAAUUCCGGUUUUCGACGCUAAAGUGAAAAUGAGAAGCAGGUUCUGGUGGAGGCAAGAAAACGCUAUAACGAUGAAGGACUUCAGGCUGCAGCAACGUGGAGGUCGUGCGGAAAGCUUGGUAGAGCGUAUGUGAUACCAAAAGAUAAAGACCUCAACAGAUGGCGGCCAAUUUCACCAUCUUCGUCGGAGCCAUCACGAAUGGCGAGCUCAAGACUGGGCCAGGCAUUGAGGUACAUGCUCAUCUGUAUACCGGAGCGCUAUCAUUUCAGCCUCCGGUCGACAGACGAGCUGAAGCAGAGGAUGAACAGUGUUAUCGACAUGCUUAGCAGAAGUGGCGAUACUGUCCUUGCAAUGUGUUAUGACAUCAAGGACAUGUUCGCAAAGCUUCCUCAUGAGGUGAUUAUCAUAGCCGCCACGUGGCUGAUGGGAAUCCACAGAUCUCGCGGUUUGGUAGCCGUCAAAGUAAGUAUUAGAGGUAAGGCAUGUAGGAUGGCCAGAUCUAUGACAAAGGAGGAUGGUUUCUUGAGUCUGAGUUUUGAGACAUUAAAGACGAUGCUAACAUCCGGUUUCCCUUCAAGCUAUGAGAGAGCUAUAGAGAUAGGCAAGAGGUUUGAAGAGUGUUACCCUGACUCGUUGAAGCUAAUCAGGAAGGAUGAAGGACGAAACGUUUGGGAUUUCUUGGGCUGCGGAGUGUUUUUGGAACCAAGCCCGCCAAAGGUUCACAUUUUCCCACGGACAAAGAACCAGUCAUACAUUAUCAAGGAAGGCAUGUUGCACUUGCAGUCCAUGCAAGACUACAAAUCCUAUACAGCAAAGAAGGUGAAGAGGGCGAUACUAACAGCAUCCAUGCUCAGACUAUGGAGGAUGUCCACUGACGAGGAUGCUGCUUGGGUAGCAAUUAUAUGUCUUGGGAUCGAGGCUCGCCUCCGGGAAUACCCUCCGGAGGUCUUCUUCGGACCCUUGGCAAGAUUUGCCAAGGUGGAAGGCAAUAAGGCCCAUCGGUUCUACAUCAUAAUGGUUGGGACGAUAGUCCUUCGCAAGAACUUAAAAAGGCCAAGUGAUCAGAAGAGUGGGAAGAUACUCUCUCUAAGGACAGCAGUACUGGCAAUGUCUUGGUCAGCAGCUCGUAGAGCUGAGGCCAUUGGCCGUCCUCAAUCAGGUGUAUCCUCUGGCGGGACGCACGUUGACACAUCAGCCUACCCUUCAUGCCCAGAGACUCCAACGUCAAGGCUACGCAACUACUCAGUAGAUGGAAGAGGGGGGGACAGCGGUAAGCUCACCACUGCCAGCCAAAGUCACCUUUCCUUGAAAAGCACGCAAAGCUCAAGGCAAACCGACUAUAGUGAAGAUGAAGUCUCUACACCACCGUCCAGUGUCAUGAUGGUUGAUUCCGGGGCAACCACGCAACGGAGUGAGCUGGCACUGAAGUCUGUCAGUGAAAUUUUGGCAACCCCUGCGGUAAGCCUCAAGUCCAGAUUAUUCACCCAUUCUGGUAGGGUUACAUGGGAUAAAACCCUGGUGAAAAGAGAAGGCGAUGAGACAUCCGGACCAAUCCGUCCAAGCUCCAGGAUAGGUUGGUUUGCAAAGUUUGCAGGGGAUGGCAUGGGGGAGGGCAUGGAUGGUCUGCUUGACUUUAGUGGUCUUGCCAAACAAAGUCGCCGAUGGAAAUUUGAUGGACUGCCAAGGAUAUUGGUUGGAAAUAUUCCAGAACCCGAUCCAACGAUUGAGAGAAGAGCAUCCCAAUCUGAACCUGCUACUCCACAAUCAGAUCGCCAUCCCAGAGAGGAGAAAGACACAGAUUCGGAGAUGAGUCCUUCUCCAAAGGGUUCCACUAUUGCCAAGGACGGGCCAUCGGCUCAGCUUGCCAUAGGGGCCACUCCAUCGGGUGGAAACACAAUCCCAAGCAGUGAUUAUAAUGAGCCUCUUAAAGAUAAUGCAAAUGACAAAAACGUGCCAAUGGCUGCAGUGACAGCUCCCAAGGAGUCUGUAGAAGGAAAUAAAGCUCCUGCUCGCCCAGGUAUCCCCAGGAUUGCUGCGCUUGCCAGUAUCUUGCAUCAAGGCACCCAGUCGGAUAGAGAUUUAAGAUUACCACUCGCCAGUGGCGCAAUACUCAGCAAUGAACAGAAUGUGAAUGAUGUUAACCCACCGGAGCCAACGUCUGGCAAGACAUCUCGCCUGGCUCCAAAAGCCCAGGAUAGUGCAGCUAAAACACCGAGAGGAGAUGGAAUUUUAAGAGGGGUGAUCUCUGGGACCGACAAUGGUGUGCAGGGCGUGUCACAAGGAGAUGCUGAUACAAAACGGGUGCAGAUUCAGGAGGAUGGGAACAUAGAGACAGAUCAGAACGACAUGGUUAUGCAAGAACCCAUACCCGAGCCAGUUCAUCUAGAUGAGGCCGAGCAAUUGUACGGGCCUGUCAUUGCAAAGUUUCAGGCUGGUGACGUUUUUGGAGAAAGAGAACUAAUAAGAAAGAGAGCUAGAAAUUCAACUUGCAUAGCCAUGGACGACACACAACUCAUGUACCUGGAGGCUCACGACUUCUAUACACUCAUGAACGUUAUUCUGCCACAGCUGGAGCAAUUACAAAAGAUCAUCACAGUCUUAAAGAGGAGGUCAACCAGCCGCACAGAUGAAGACAUCGACUUCCUGCUCAAGUAUGUCUCAUCGAAUAAGUUCUUCCAAGGACUUGACCCAACGACACAGAAGGAGGUCUGCCGUGUAGCAUUGCAUCAGUCCAAGUCAAGAGGGGAUGUCAGGGCGAGGCUCAGCCUGAGGUUUAGAGUUUGAGGCAUGUCAGCCCCUAAUCAUGCUUGAUACUUCGAUUGAUGUAUAGCCAUGGCACUGCACCCGCUUAUAAAUGUAUGUAAGACAAUA